AUGUCGAAAUUUUGUUCUGUGCCCGAAGCUAUUGAAGCCAUUAAGAAUGGCGAGUUCUUGGUUGUCAUGGACGACGAGAGCCGUGAAAACGAAGGUGACUUGAUCAUCGCUGCUGAAAAGACAACGCAAGAAAAGAUGGCGUUCUUGGUUCGUCAUUCUUCUGGAUACGUCUGUGUGCCGCUCUCAACAGAACGAGCUGAUCAGCUUGACUUACAGCCGAUGUUGAAGGACAGAGCCGACAGACACGGGACCGCCUAUACUGUCACCUGUGACUAUGCUGACGGCACGACCACCGGUAUUUCUGCUCAUGACAGAGCGUUAACGGCACGUAAAUUGGCUGACGGCUCUUCCAAACCUUCUGACUUUAUCAGACCGGGCCAUAUUUUGCCUUUGCGUGCUGUGCCUGGCCUUCUUAACAAAAGAAGAGGUCACACCGAAGCGAGCGUCCAAUUGUGCGAGUUGGCUGGUUUGCAGCCUGCUGCUGUGAUCUGCGAGCUUGUCAGAGAUGAAGAUGGCUUGAUGAUGAGAUUGGAUGACUGUGUCAAAUUCUCGCAGGAACACAAGAUCAAGCUUGUUACUAUUGAGCAGAUUGUUGCCCAUAUCAACGCCUAG